CUAAACUCUACAUAAAUACAGGAGUGCUUUGGGAAGGUUUUAUUUCUGACAGCACGCUAAACGGUCACACUAUUGUUUUCGGACCAAGAAUUUACCAUUAAAAUGCAUUUAGAUAAAUAUAGUGAACUAGUUGAGCGGCUUGAGAAUGAGGAAUUCGAACAAGUCGAACUGGGAGCUGAAGUCUACCAGCAAUUACUUGCUAUUUAUCUCUACCAAAACAAACUGGCCGCUGCGAAGUUGCUGUGGAUGCGAGUUCCGGCUAAACUAAAGGAGGACAAGGAACUGAUGCAGCUGAACCUGCUCAAUAUCGCCCUUCAGAACAAUAACUAUGCGGAUUUCUUCAGAAACAUCAAAUAUGAGUGGUCCGAAAGAGUAAAGUCACCCGUGGAGGAUCUUCUAAUUAAGCAACGCGAGGAGCUGUUUAAACUGAUGGGCAGUGCCUAUGUGUCCAUUUACCAGAAUAAUCUAUUGGAAUUGUCACUAAUGUCGGAGGACGAACUAAAACAUGCCUGUGCGGCCUUAAAUUGGACUGAGGAACUGGACGGCGACCGGGUGAUCCUCAAGCCCAAGGUUCAGGAAGCCCCGCCAACUCGUGGAAACGAUGACCAGUUGCUUAAGUUGACCGAGUUUGUAACCUUCCUCGAGAAUUAAACCUCAGAAUCUUAUGAACAAACAGCCGUUAAAAAGAAUAUAUGGCAAAAAGACUAUCGAUGCUACGACCCGCAAACACCGAUAGUAUCUAAUAAGCAUCGAUGUGUGUUCCACCUCUACCGUUGUGUCACUAGAAGAAAAAAAUAUUAAUUUGCACCAACGACAUACGUUUUUCAUUCGCAAGGAACAGCAAUCAGAGGAUAAUUGUCUAGAUUAUUUGGAAAUUUAAGGCGACGGAAUAGAAUACCUUGCAAAAUUAUUUUGUAACCUUGAAGAAUAAGAGAAUUGCGAUUCGCCAGAGGCCCAAAUCGAAACCUCGUCGAUUGCCUGCAGAAUAGAAAAACCGAUUUUCAGUGCGUUUGUGUUUGUGUGUGGGCAGC